AUGAAGCUCACCACCCUCCUCACCACCGCCCUCCUCCUGCUCUCCGCAGCAACAGACGCCAUCCCACAGCCCGCCGCGGCAGACACCACCUCCCUCACGCUCCACCCCCUCCCACACGCCAAGCGCGACCCCGCCGUCGCCCCCCGCCGCCCCGCAAAGGGACCCAAGACUCCCGCCAAUCGCGCCAAGCCCAACGGCCGCAAGCCCACCGCAGCCUCAAAGAGAAAGGCCGCCGUCACCAAAAACAGGGCCGCCACCAGAAACAAGGCCGCCACCAAGAAGGCGGGGCCCGCCGGCCUCGCAAAGAAGAAGGGGACCGCCGCCAAAAAAGGCGGCGCGGCAAAGUCAUGCCCCAUGCCCGCCAAGGGCAAGGGCAAGGGCAAAGGCGGCAAGCUCGGGAAGCGCGCCGGCGACGCCUGCGCCGCCCCGCCGGCGGCCGAGAAGGGCGUAAAAUGUUCCCGGUGCGCGGGCACGAAGGUCAAGCGCGGUGGCGGGAAAAAGUUUCAGCCGCUGGACCUGUCGCCUGGCAACCUUGACGUUCUGGUCCAAGACACCGACUGCUGGCAGUGCGGGCCGGGGGUCAAGUUUGGCGGCGUAGAGGUGAAGAGCGCGGUCAAAGAGGCGAUCCGGCUCAGGCCCACCCCGAUCACGUAUCCACGCGACGGAAAGACGGACCAGCAGUGGCCGCACAAGUAUAAAAACAACGAGGCCCUUCUGCCGCCGCUGGAGCCGCUCGACGAGUACCUCGAGUUCCCGCUGGUCGCGAGCAUGGGGCCCGUGAAGCACUUGUACAAGGGGGGGUCACCCGCCGGGUAUCGUGUUGUGUUUGCGCUCCAGGGAGGGCAGGAUCCAAUGGCGGUCCAUCUGGUGGGUUUUUUCUUCCUAGCUUAG